AUGUCGGGAAUCGAGGUAGCUGGGCUGGUUCUCGGGGCAAUACCAAUUUUGGUGUCUGCCCUUGAGGCGUUUAUCAAGGGUGUUUCCACUAUCAAGAAAUUGAUGAGAUACAAAACCGAGCUGAAGAAUCUCCUUAGAGCCCUGAUCACUGAGUACGACAUAUUUCGCAAUAGCUGUGAAGAGUUGCUAGAAGGCCUCGCGCCAGCAUCAAGGAUUGCGCAACUUCUUCAGUGUCCUGGUGGAGAAGCUUGGAAAGAACCGCCAAUCGAACGAAAGCUCAAGGACCGGUUACAGCGCUCGUACUUCGGAUAUUUACAGACCGUGGACGAUAUGAAUGACGCGAUUGAGGAAUUCAAACGUAGAUUAAAACUUGGUAAAGACGGACAGGUCCAGUUCAACGACACCAACACCUUAAAGACGCAAUACAAGAUUUUGAAGUUCAGCCUCAGCUGGCCUGCGUACGGUGACUUGAUAGAAAGAGUCCGAAAAGACAACUAUACACUAAGCCAACUUACAAGGCAAAGCCUAGCUUUGGAGGCGCACGAGCCUGUAGAUGUCGUCGAGCACCGGAUUUUAAGACGGUUCGAGAUUGCGCUAGGGUUGUCUACAACCUUCUCCGCUCGGGAUGGAAGUGUAGCUGUGGCAUCUAAAGCUGCUCCUUGGACAUGGGAAGAGGCAGAGGUCUGUUUACCGAUAAUCAGGAUCAUUGUGUCCCUUCAAGUGCCACGGCAUGCUAUAAAUCAACAGCCGGAAAAUGAAAUCGAUCGACAAAAACAUGGAGUAUAUUUGCUCAAGAAUUCGUCCACUGGCAUUCAACACCGACUUUCGCGCGCAGAUCGAUUACAGCUAGCUGUUAUUCUUGCCUCAAGUAUCCUUCAACUGUAUCAGACCCCAUGGUUGGAGGAUGUGUGGCAAAAGGAUGAGAUUCUCUUCAUUCAGCGUACAGAUGGGCCUGUGUAUGGGCAACCGUUCAUCACAAGGCAUCUUUCAUCUGCAGUAUCCAAACAGACGAAACCUAAGCUUGAACCUCAUACCCAUCCCGUAAUUCGCAAUCCUGUUCUAUUCGCACUCGGUGUGCUUCUCAUUGAGCUCUGCCUCAGUAAGCCGCUGGAGCAGCUCCGACUUCCAGAAGAGAUGGACAAAGACGGUCACCCAAACCCGUUAUCCAACUGGAUGACAGCAAACCGACUCGUCGAUGAAAUUUAUAUGGAAGGUGGAAGCCGGUAUGGGGAUGCAGUUCGGCAUUGCAUCGCCGCGAUUUUGACAGGCGCGACGCCAACCUUGAACGUGAGGACUUCCAACAAGCGGGCUAUGAUAAAAUCGUCUCCCUUUUAG